AUAGCAAUUUCAAUUAAUUUUGUUGUUGCUCUAGAUGAAUGUGAAUUUACUAAAUUAUGAAUAUUAAGUACUUUCAUUGACAUUCUUAUGUGUAAAUUUUAGAAAUGGGCUAAUUUGAAAGAUUGUAAGUAAUGAUAAAGUUAGGAUAUUAAAACUAUUAAAGUUUGUAAACACACACACUCCUGACAAAAUCGUACUAGUAGUAUCAGUUAACACAGGUCUGUAAAACAGUAAAUGAAGCUGCAAAGCAAACUAUCAUAAUUGAGACUAACCACAUUUACACCUCUAAUAACAUUAAACUAUCUGCAAACAAUAUAGUGUAAGGCAGUUUCAUUUGGAAGGGGUAGUAAUAAGAAAAGUUACAUAUAUGUGUGAUAAAUGAAAGAGAAAUAAUGUACAUCAUUUGCUUUAUAAACUGUUACUGCAUACAGAAGUGGUUGACAGAUGUUACUAAGAGAGAAAAGUGUCAGCAGUGAAAGUAGAAUAUAUAAUUGACAAUUAUACUUUUAAAAUGUAGAUAAAAAGGAUGUACAUAUAAAUGUCUCAAGUUUAAGAAAUUGUACAUGUAACAUUUAGACAUGUAUGUGCUGUAUACCUCACAGUCUAUCAAAUAAAUCAUUGAGUUUAUUGUUGUACAAAUUUGGUCACUAUAUCAUAUUGUACAGUGCAAUGUAAAUAAAUGACAUUUACUCAUGUACCCUAUGUAAGAGUAAUGAUUAGAGAUCAGUGAUUGUCAUGAUUACUGACAAUUAAGUCUAAUUGCUGUUUUUGUUUGUUUUUUAUUAGAUGAUAAUUAGUAUAUCCUGUUUCUGCUGCUGAUCUAUUUAGGAAAGUCUUGAGAAGGAUUGUAUAUGGUAAUAGGAAUCAGAUUUAAUCUUGAGUCUUCUUGUUAACACAGCAGCUUUUUUAUCCUCUCAUGAGAGCCCAGAUGAAUGGAUAGCAUAGUGCUUUUUAACAAGAAGACUCUGGAUAUAUUCCCAGAACCUGCCACUACAUUCAGUGCUUCUCUUGGGACUUCACUGAAGAUAGCAGCAAAUUAGUAGCCUAAGUGUAGGAUAUAAACUAAUCAGUAAUUUGUGUUUUAAUAAAAAAAAAAAAAUUAAAAAAAGGAAACUAAUAAUUAGACAUAGGUGACUAAUCAUGUCAACUACACAUAAUCAUCAUUGUAAAUUUAUUACUUUAUAUAUGUUCAAGCAGAACACAGUGCAAAACUUGUAAUAAUUGUAACAGGGGAUUUAUAUUUAUAACUGGAUGUGAUAUAUCAACAUGUUAAGUAACAGUCUCUAUUUAUGGGUUUAUUAAACAUUAAGAUAUUUAAUAUUAUUGUACAUGUACUCUGUCAAUACUAUGAGAGAGAGAGUGCCAUUUUACCGAACAAAUUGGUAGUUAAUAUGAGAAACUUAAAUUGAAUGACAGCCACAAUGACAGAAGAUGUUAAAGCUGGAGAUGACAAAAUCUGUGGUGUCUGUGGAGAUAAGGCUUUGGGCUACAAUUUCAAUGCUAUUACAUGUGAAUCAUGCAAAGCAUUCUUCCGUAGGAAUGCUGUAAAAACCAAAGAUUUUAAAUGUCCAUUUAACAAUGACUGUAAAGUGGACAUUAUUACAAGAAGGUUUUGUCAGAAAUGUCGAUUGAAAAAAUGUUUUGAGAUAGGAAUGAAGAAAGAAUGGAUUUUGACAGAUGAAGAAAAGCGUAUGAAAAAAACAAAAAUUGAAGAAAACAGAAGAAAACGAUAUGCUCCUUACCCAUCUAAAAGAGAAAAAUUAUCUAUCAGUAGUAGUGUAAAACAUACCUUUUCACUCAGCCCAAGUGAAGUAGGAGUGGAUGUUGGCAGUGAUACUGAUCAGGUGGUUGGACUGUUUGUAGACACAGACAAACUCCCUUCAAACUCACAACCAAACUCUCCAACAACUUUACUUUUUGAUGAAUCAGUAGAAUUACAGGCAGAGUCCAUCAGUGAUAGCAGUGAACUGAUGUCUUUGACAAGUGAACAUAGUUCAGCUAUUUUAUCUGAUUCAGAUUUUAACCAAACUGUUACUUUAAUUCCUAAUGAAAGCUGUAAUGCAUUUAGUAGUGUUAAGGAGAAGAAAAUCUUAGCAUAUUCUGUGAGUUCGGUUGUACCUCCAGAUUCAGUGAUGAAGAAUUCCAAACAGCAGUCAACCUUAUCAUUGUUAGUUAAUUCUGAUUUAUCACCUUCAUCAUCCAAAUGGUCAACAUCGCUAUCAUCUGAUGGAACAGGUGAAUCACAAGUGACAAGCUCCACUGUCUUGUGUGAUGUCCAAUCUAACAGACUUUCUCCUAGGUUAAAUGGUUCCUUUGUUUCUUUCCUCUCUGAAAGAUUUGAUAAUCAUAUUUCUUCUCAUUUGGAUCAGUCAUGCUUCAAUCAUCAUAGUAAAAAAGAUGACUGUAUCAUCCCACAAUCAGUUAUGGACUUGGCCAUUAAAGUUGAGUUUGCUGACAUUCCACUUCGAAGUAAAGAUUGUAAAGAAAAAAUUCUAACAGAAGCAGAACAAGCUAAAUUGACUGAACUCAUCACAGCAAAUGAAGUUCUUAAAAUGCCUUUAUCCUGUGAAGUUCCAGAUCCAAGCCUUCUAGAUGUUAUCAACAUGACAGACCAUGCAAUUCGCAGGCUCAUUAUAAUGUCAAAACGUAUUCAUGGAUUCAAGUCUUUAUGCCAAGAAGAUCAAAUUGCCCUGCUGAAAGGAAGUUGUACAGAGUUAAUGCUGCUUCGUUCUGUAAUGACUUAUGAUCCUGAGAAAGAUUGUUGGCAAGGCCCUCAAGCUAUGUCCAUCAAAGUGGACAUUUUAAAAGAAGCAAAAGGCAACAUAUAUGAGGAACACAAGAGAUUUAUCAACUCUUUUGAUCUUGCGUGGCGAUCAGAUGAAAACAUCAUGUUGCUUUUAAGUGCCAUCACUCUGUUUACUCCUGAACGACCAAAUAUUGUUCACAAAAAUGUGAUAUCGCUAGAGCAGAAAAACUACUAUUACCUUUUAAAGCGAUAUCUUGAUACAAUCUACACAGGGUGUGAAGCUCGUUCUUGCUACCUUAAGCUGAUUUCUAAACUUCAGGAACUACAUCUUCUAAAUGAAAAUCAUGUUCAAAUAUUCCUAGAUGUGAACCCCAAAGAUGUGGAGCCAUUAUUAAUUGAAAUUUUUGACUUAAAGCAUUAGUGAUGCUUUCUACAAAUGGGAUUUAAAUCAUUUGUAUACAUAGGUUUUGAAAUAAUUUAAUGUUGAAUAAUUAUUGGUAGCUGAUUCAUAUUUGUCAGUUGUAUCAUUCUAGUAUGUAUUUUGCUUACUUGACAAAAAAAAACAAUUGAUGUAAUUUAUCAUUAUCAUACUUCAUAAGUUGCUGAUAUCCAACACUGAAUAUUAUAUAUAUAUAUAUGAAACAAAAGAUACCUUUAAUUAUUUUCACUGUAUCAAAUAAUGUAAAGUACAUAGUUUUAGUUAAAUUUACAAUUUUUCUGAUAUUGAUGCAUAUUAAAAAGAUACUUAUUUUGUAAGUACACUACAUGUUUGUUGCAUACAAGUCAGAUAAAGUGAAACAUUUCAACUUUUAAUGUCUUUAGAAUUAUGUUUUAUUUAUUUUAAUUAUAUCUUAAAGUUAAUAUUGGUGAAGUAAGGUUGAAAUUAGGUUACCUCUAGUAUCACCUAAAUUAAACUUGCAUUCAAAUGAAAUUCACCUCCAGUGAUUUAAGUGUUAUAUCAAAAUAAGAUUUAAUAUCUUUUUAUAAUUUUACAGGUUUGUACACAUAGUACAGUAUAUAUUUAUUAUUAAUAAACAUCUACAUGUAUCUUUAUGUUAUAACAAAACUCAAAUUAAAACUUCUUUAACUAUAGUAUUUUGAAAAUUCUGAAUCCUGGAAAGAAAUCAAACUGUACUCAUAGCACAUUUACUCUCACCAAUGAUACGCACAUGAAGAUAUUGGUACUAGAAUAUUAAGAACCUGAAGUUCAAUACUUCUUUCUCAGGGACAUACUUUAAGUAAAUGUUGAUCCUGACAUAAAUGUGCUUUUAUAGCUGUAUUAGUUUAAAGUGCAAAUGGUGAGAAGUAUGAAAUAUUUCAAGUUAUCCAUUAGUACAAGGAGCAGUUCAUUCUCUUCCAUAUGUGUAAUUUCAAAAUAUGUGUAUUGAAGUUGAAGAAAUAUAUUAUAUAUUAGGUAGUGUAUGAUGUAUAAAAUUGUAAUAAUAAAUAUGCACAAAUGAAACCAAAAA